AUGGGAUACUUAAUUAACGAUGAAAAAAAAAAUGUCAUAAUAAAAAGUAGUGAAGAAAUAAAAAAUAUUGAUAAUAGAAUAAAUGAUAUAUUUUUGGGUGAAUACAAUAACAAAGAGAGGAAUAAUUUUUUUAAUGCAGUUAACAAUGAUUUAAUUUCGAACAGUAGAGAAUAUGCUAUUCGUUCGAAUGGCUACAGUAAUGGUAUGGUCGAUGUAAAGUACAACAGUGACAGUGAUAAUAAUGACGAUGUGGAAGAUGCAGAAGAUGCAGAAGUUGCAGAAGAUGCUGAAGAUGCAGAAGAUGCAGAAGUUGCAGAAGAUGCUGAAGAUGCAGAAGUUGCAGAAGAUGCUGAAGAUGCAGAAGAUGCAGAAGUUGCAGAAGAUGCAGAAGUUGCAGAAGAUGCUGAAGAAGGUGGAGAUGAUAACAACAGCGAUGAUAGUAUCCGUACAAGGGGCAUACACAUGCCGGUAGAUGAAGGUACGCAUAUGGGAACAGACAGAAAUGAUGGAACAUACAACACGGAAGGAUAUGUAAAGAGUAACGCACAUGGUAAACAUGAUAAAAUGUAUAAAGAAGAACAACGAGUGAACAAUUCUUUUAAUCCAUAUGGUACUAUAAACAAUCCCUUGCCAUACGAACUUGCUACAAAUGGUAUGAGUGUGCAGUUCGGUGAUACCAGAGGGAACAUUGCUUUAAACACAAAUGAUAUUAACGCGUGCCAUCCGAAACUUGACGUGUUCAAUUUUGUAUUUGAUAAUAAUAGCAGUGCCUUGAGCAACAAUGAAAUCAGUAACAAUGGAAAGAGUAUCAAUGAUAACAGCGAUAAUAACAACACUGAAAAAAAAAUUUUAUCAUUAGGUGAAAAUGUUUUAUUGGGUAAUCGUAAUAGUAAUAGUAAUAUCAAUAGUAAUAGUAAUAUCAAUAGUAAUAGCAACAACAAUAGCAACAGCAAUAGCAACAGCAAUAGCAACAGCAAUAGCAACAGCAAUAGCAACAGCAAUAGCAACAGCAAUAGCAACAGCAAUAGCAACAGCAAUAGCAACAGCAAUAGCAACAGCAAUAGCAACAGCAAUAGCAACAGCAAUAGCAAUAGCAAUACUCCGCUUGUUUUGCAAAGCGGGUUUAGCAGUAAUACACAUUUUUCACACAUAAGUGAAGAGAGAUCAAGUAAUAAUAACAGUAAGGGUAACAACCACGUAGGUAGUAACAACCGCGGUGAUACUCCUUAUAACACGAAUGUGUAUAAAAAAAAUAUGCUAGAAGAACAAAAUGAAUGGCUGGACUACAACCCAAUAUUUGAAAACAAACAAACGGAAAAUAUACUUUUGACAGAGGACAAUAGAACAAAGAAAAGUACAAAUAAUGCCGAAAAUCCCCUGGAAUUACACGACAGUAACAGUAACAGUAACAGUAACACCAAUAGGAACAUUGAAAGGAACGAUAGCAGGAACGAUAGCAGGAACGAUAACAGGAACGUAGAUAUGAAACAUAAUACCUUUUACCAUAAUUCUUCGUGUCCUGGUAAUGGAGUACCCGGUCAGAAUAGGAACACCUUAUUUUUGUUUCCAACAAGCGGGGAAAAGGGGGAAAACGAAACGAAUGAGAAUUUUGUACCAUCGAAUAGCAGUAGAAUCGCCGUUACUACAUCAACAACAGGGACGGAGGACAGAGUAUAUAUGAGGGAUAAGGUUUUUAAUGAAAAUGGUCAAAAUAAUUGUCAUAACAGAAGUAAUGAGAAUAAUGAAGAAGCACAUAAUAUUAUUUUAAAAAAAAUAAAAAAAAAAAUGGAUGAAAAUGACUAUUUGUUAGAAGCUAUUAAUGAAUUCUUACGUGAGGGAAUGAAAAAUGAAUGUAUUCCCCUAUUUGAAAGAUUACAACAAAACCUUUUUUUUUUAGUAAUGCUUGCAAAUAUUCCGAAUGAAAGUUUUGAUGAAAUGGACAGCAGCUCGUCUGACUAUUAA